CUUUUAGUUAUCAAUUUAAAUUUUUUCUGUCUGUAUGGAAGACUUAAACAUGUAAAACAAGUACAAUAAAAAUUCUAGUUAUGUUACAUUGUGGAGAUGAAGAAAUCAUGAAAUGCUCAGUAUAAUCGGCCGCAGUGAAACAGAGGAUUCCACUGUACCCUCUGUAUCACUAGCCUAGGCAUUUUUCAGUUCAUAUAUAUGAUGGGAAAAAUGUUUUGCAAUACUUACCAGUUAUCCUGAUUUUGACAUUUUUGUCCAGAUUUAGCUAGACAACUGGAAUUCAAGAAAUUUCAAAUAUUCAAAUAAUGUGAUAAAUGGCAGGACGGAGGAAAAGAAAAUUUUCCAAUACGGCAGCUGAGCUACAAUUAGAUCCAGUUCUUCGACAAAAAGUGCAGAAUGUUUUUGAAAAGAAAUUCACUUAUUCCAAACCUAAAGACGGCAUUUGGAAGGUGCCAGAAAAUUUUACCAAACAUAAAGAUGAUUGGGAAAUUGAAGAACUAAUGACCUUGAAAUCAAAUUUGAACAGUUUGAAGGACAAACUGAGUGAUAAAGACAUUGUAAAAUGGCAUCAGCAUACAACAUUUAUGAAUCUUGCUGGGAAUGUAAAUUCAGAAUUACGUCAAACAGUUCGUCCAGAACUAUGCACACAAGCAUGGUGUAAAUUCUAUGAAAUGGUAUCAUCUUAUGACCUCGUUGACCUACAAAAUGAUACUUUUAAUUCUGUUCAUCUGUGUGAAGCACCAGGAGCAUUUAUAACAAGCUUAAAUCAUUAUCUUGUUUCUUCUGAUUACAGUGGUACAUGGAACUGGAUAGGUACUACACUUAAUCCGUAUUACGAAGGAAACAACCCAAGUGAGAUGAUUGAUGAUGAUAGAUUUGUACGUGGUAGCUAUGGCAACUGGGACUUUGGUGUAGAUAAUACUGGUAACCUCAUGUCCUGGCAGAAUAUACAACAAAUUAAAGAUAAGGUAGCAGUUAUGGGACCUGUUACACUGGUUACGGCUGAUGGCAGUAUUGAUUGUCAGGAUAAUCCUGCAGAACAGGAGAAGGUUGUCUCAAAGUUACAUUACUGUGAGGUUUUGUCAUCCAUUUUGAUAUUAUCCCCUGGAGGAAACAUGGUGUUGAAGAAGUUUACAAUGUUUGAAUGUGAUACCAUAUGUUUGUUGUAUGUUUUAAAUUGUUUGUUUACAGAGGUAACUGUUUUUAAACCAGCUACAAGUAAGAGUGGAAAUUCUGAGGUUUAUUUAAUCUGUUUGGGAUUCUUAGGUAUAGACAGUAUACAGGGACAGAUAGAAGAGCUCUGUGAGAAAUAUUUCAGUUCAGCAGAGUCAAACACUGAGAUUCAUUGCCUAUUCAGUCAAGACGAAAUUCCAGAAGACUUUCUACAACAACAUAUCAAAUGCUGUAACUACUUCACAUCACUCCAAGAGGAGACAAUCCAGACAAACUUGAACUACUUUGAAAAAAUGUCAGAUGACUUCAGCAAAGAAAUCAUUGGAAUGAAAGUUUGCUGCACUGAUCUAUAUUUCUCCAAAUAUAAUGUCAGAUCUAUACCAAUGUAUUUAAAAAUCACACAACCACAGAAACAACAAAAGAAAUCCUGUAAUCAUCGCUAUAGGGAAAUGAAAAGAAAUGAAGGGACAUACAAUGAUAGAGUUAGAGUUCAGGCAUUAAAAUGGGAACAGAGAGUGCUCCAGUAUGAUACUUAUGACAUUGAUUACAGCUGUAUGGAAUGGUUUCGAAACUUCUAUCCACCUGAAGAAGAGGAUGUCAGGAAGUGGGCAUGUGCAACAGGAUGUCAGGUCACUACAAUCAAGAGUUCCAAAUUUUGUGAUGGAAAGUUUGUUCAACAAGCACAAGAUAUUAGUAUCAACCGGAAGAAUGAAGAAUCUAAGAUGGCUGUCCUCUCAGCAGAUUAUAAUGUGUCAUCGAUCAUUUCAUCAUUAGAUAUUUUGUUUAACCAAUCAGUGUAUGAUUUUCCAUGUCAUGUGACCAUUGUAUCAUCAGCUGAAUUGAAUUGUGAUGAAAUCGAGAAGCAGGAAUAUGUAAAUAAGAUAACCAUGGUUGAAGAUAUGACAGAAGUUUGUGGUCAUACAAUACUGGUGUACCUAGAUAUAUUCAACACCACUACAGAAACAGAUAUUGCCUCACAGAAAACUCUGCUCAAGAAACUGACGAAGAUGUUUCAGGUUUUGCCAAAAGAAAACACAGUACUGAUACAGAUGCCAACAUGUCUGACUAGAUUUACUGCAGGAAUUAUAUAUCUUCUUAGUUCCUGUUUUCAAAAGGUAGGUUUUUUACCACAACCAGGAAAAGAAAGUUUGCUACAAAUGUUGAUCUGCUAUAAAUAUUCUGGUGUAUCACCCUUCCUGUUAGAACACUGUUGCCAUCUACUGGAUGAACAAAAUUCCAAGGACAGUAAAUCUGCAAAUGCUUUGCUGGAAACAGUACCAAUACUUUCAUUAAUAAAUGAUCCAGAGUUCCUUCAGUUUCUGAUGAACAGUAAUGAGAACUUAUUAAAAUCCUACAUAACCACCAUUGUAUCCAAUGUGAGACAGAAAAUCUCUGGUCAGACCUGAAAGGAAAAUGUAUUUCUGCAAGAAACAUUGUCAAAUUGAUCAAAGACAUGAAUAAUGCAUAAUCCAUGUUGUUACAUAAUAGUAAAUGAUGGCUUAAUUUAAGUUUGAUUUACAUGUGUAAGAUAAAUGAUGUGUAAAAUAGCCAUGAUUUGAUUGAAGUAUGAACCCUGCUUUGUGUGUCAGAAACAAUAUGAGAGCAUACUGUGGUUUUAAAGUGAAAUGGUGUGUAGAAUCGUGUAUGAUAUAACACUGUGAAAUGGUGUGUAGAAUCGUGUAUGAUAUAACACUGUGAAAUGGUGUGUAGAAUCGUGUAUGAUAUAACACUGUGAAAUGUCUGUUUGCUUUCAAUGGAAAAGUAUGAACUAGUUACAGCUAUAUGUGUAAGUUCAUGUGUAUGAUGCAAUACUCAUGUUAUGUAAUGUCUUUACAAUUGAAGCUAAACAUUGGAGUACCUAUAUAUUCUUAUAAAACGGUCUGUUACGAUUAUGGAAUGCUUAGUAGGUGAGAAAUUAUGUAGCGAGCAAUCUUGUGGUUUAGAUGUAAAAUUCUCACUUGAAAGAUAUGACAUCUGUUGAUCAUUUAACAAAGUUAUUGACUUUGAGUGAAGUGUAGAACAUUGGCUUUGAGUGACAUGUACAACAAUAGCAUAAUCCCUGAUAUAUACACGAGUUACAGAAGUGAGUGAAAAGGUAUUGGACAAGAUUCUUGAAGUUUUAAGAUAUCGAGAGCUGAGACAUUAAACUUCCUGAUAUGAUCGUGUAAAAUAUGUAUUUUUCUACAGACGGUGUGAUAGAGAGCUUUAAAUAUACACACAGAAAAUAACAUGCAGUAGGAAAAGUGAAUUGAUUGUGGUGCUGUUGAAAAACUAUAAUAUAGCUGUUUUUGUCCCCAUUUGUUAUCAUUUGACAGUAGGAAUAGUUUGAAUAAUGUAUUACUGAAGUAUACCUCAUUCUCCAUAUUAAAUAUGCUAUAUUGCUAACCAACAAUUAUUU